AUGAACUUAUAAAAUACAGCUGCAGGAAAACAUAUCAAGAAAACAACCAAGAUAGAAAGACUAAGGCUCUGUAUCUUUAUAAACUCAGAAGAUACUCCGCAUUAUAAACUUAGAUCUAUAAGAGAAUAAGAUGCAUCUUUACCUAAAUCUAUACAGAAAAGGCUAGAUAAACACUUUUCUAAAAGGAUAGUCUAGAAAAGCAUAAUAAAAAUUGAUAUUAGAGCUAGAAAUGCUGUAUAAACAAUUUAUUUAAAAAGAUUCUUUUUAAAGAAAUAUGUAAUAACUGAAAACAAUAAAACCAAGCUACUGAUUACUAGUGGGAUCAGAAAACUAUAUUAUAAAUCAAGGUAGCCAAUACUGGUAGAAUCUGAUUUGUAUUCAGCAAGUAAACAACUCAAAGAGAAAAAUGAUGAAUUUAAGGGAUUAUAUAAAAGCAGCUGA